AUGUCAGACAACAAAGAAAGGAGGAGUCAAGGACUUUCCAAAGAAGGUAACGAAGGCACAUCUUCAUUAACAGAUGUUGUAGAACAAGUUGCAAGGCAACAACAAUCACAAGCUUCAGAAAUAGAGAAAAACAAAAAGGUCCUGUUCCAUUUGCAGAAUGAACUCCAUGAGCUUGAAAAACAAAUAGUAGUUGUCUCUGCAGAAACCAAAGAAACAGAAAGACAGAUUGAUCAGCAAGAUGCUACCAUAGAGAAUAUCAAACUUCAGUGCAAUAUGCUGGAAACGCAAAUCAAAUCCUUACAUUCAGAAAAUGUAAAGCUUAAAUUUGACAUAGAAAUGGCCCAAGAGGAUUUUGAGGGACACAUGAUAAAAUAUAAUGCAUAUUAUGUAAAAAUAAAAGCACAUAAAGAUAGUAUGAAGGAGGUAGAAAGCAAAUGGCCAUUUAUGACUGAACUCCAUGAAAAACAAGAUCUCGUUAAAAAACUAAAAACAAUGAAAGAAGAACUCAUGCAAGAUCUCCAAAAUCCAGGAGGAAACCGAAUAACACAAGUACAGGAAGACAUUACAAAGUUAAAGGAUAAAAUUAUAGCUAUAAAAGAAAUUAUCAAUGAAAAAACUUGUUUUCUUGAGGAAGAAAAAAAGACACAUGAAAAACUCAGAAAAGAAAUAGAGGUUCAACAUAAGAGAUAUGAUGCGAUUCUUAAGCGUUUGCAUUGUCAACUGAACAAGCUUCAGUCAAACAGAAGACAAUGGCAAUGGAACAUUCACCAACUGGAAAAAACUGCAGCUGAACUAAGAAAAUGUAUUGGAAUGCAGGAAUAACAUGUCAUAGGGUAGUGUGGAACAUACACCAUGCCAACAGAAAUUAUGGGACAGAAGGUUGAGAAACUCUUUUGAGUUCUUAAUAACAAACUUCCACUACACAUAUCAGAGGCCUGUCAUCCAUUUGGUAAAGUGCCUUCCAACCCUACUCUUGAUAGCUCUAGAUAGAGAAAGGAAGGCUUACAGGUGGCUAAUGGAAGAGUCUACGAAUAUUUUGAGAAUGUUAAGAUGUAUUAUGCUCAUGAAAGUGUGUUUAUAACUUUGCUUCACUACAAUUCACUUCAUAUUCACAAGUGAAUAUGCUUCACUUCAUAUUCACUACCCUAUGAAGUAAAACUUUAGAAGAAAAGAAAUACUUGAAUUUUCAAUGAUUUAAAUUAAGAUAAUUUUAAAAUGGUGUCUGUUUCAAACUUUUUAUUGUAAUUUGUUUUUUUUAUAACUGCCUUCACAGUAGCCCAUAAAUACUGAUAUUUACAAUAAUGUUUUUAUACGUUCAAUGCUUCAGAUAUUCUACUCAGAAAGCAAAAAUCAUUUUUCUUUGUUAUUAAAUGACAUGUUUUAAA